AUGUAUAAAAUAAACCAGCAUCAGAUUUGGAAGAACUUCAACAAGUACCAGUUUUUGAGAAGAACUCUGCAGUUUGCUUUCUCAGUUUCUAUAUUUGCUUUCUUUGUAUGGUACUCUUCUAGCUUUUUCAUACUCCCUCAGUCCUUCAAUGCCUACUUCUCCACGUGCCCUUUCUCCAUUUUUAUUCAUACUCUUGAAAGGAGAUACAUGUUUCUCAUCUGUAAUAGCAUCCUUGCUUUUCUAGCUAAGAGCACACUCUUGACCUCUUCACCAUCCACGUCACCUUUUGACAUUGAGUUUCAAGCUUCCAAUCCUUUCGAGAUAAAGGAAUCCGUUUCUGAAAAGCCAGUCUUCCCUCAGGGAAGUUUUUUGUUCCUAGAGAAUGCUCCUUUUAUGGUUGGAGAAGAGCUUGAACAAGUGAAAAAGCAAGAAGAAUAUUAUGAAGAAGUAUCAGAAGCUGAAGGAGAAGAGCAUGACACAUUGUUUAUGGAUACCGAAGGAAGAGAGAAUGAAGCUUCUAUUGCAGAAGAAAAACAGGUGGAGGAUAAGGAUGAAGAAGAUGAAGAAAGAGGGACAGGAAGUGGAAUUAUGGUAACACAAGAUGAUGAAAUAGAAGAUACAACAAUGGAAACAAAUAUAGAUGAACUGAACAGAAAGUGUGAAGAAUUCAUAAGGAAAAUGAAGGAGGAGAUCAGGAUUAAAGCCCAAAGAAAUUGCAGUAUAUUACAUGCAUGA